UAUUAAAAUCCACUUAAAGUGUUACAACUUGCGCAUUGGAUUUAGCGCAGCAAGGAGAAAGCUGCAUUGGUGGUCGGUUUGUCACAAUGUCUGGUGGAAAGUUGGCAUCUUGGUAUCACUGACACUCCUUCUUAGUGGUAGCUUGAGCUUGUCUCCAUCCUGCAAUCGACGCCAUGGGCUUUGCACUGCUCCCUGGAAGAAAUGGGGUGGAUCUUGCUACCUCAUCACCCAAAAGUCUCUGACGUACGACGACGCCCGUGAAGCCUGCCGUAGACUGGGAGCCUAGAUGGCAGCGCCGCACUCUGACCAGGAAAACGACUUCCUGGCAAGCCUGGCCCAAGGCAGUGAUAUUUGGGUGGCUUGCACCGAUCGCAGGCAGGAGGGUGAGUGGGAGUGCGAAGGAUCUCAAGACGGUCAAGAAAUCUACACCAACUGGAGGAAGCCGGUGGAGCCGAAUAACCACGGAGGUGUGGAGCACUGUGCUAUGUUACGGAAAGUAGCUAUGAAUAAGUGGAAUGACGUACGGUGUGGGAUUGAGUUAGAGGCGGUUUGUAAGCAAAAACCUCUCGGAUCCUGCUUCACUACCAACAACGAAGGGCGUCUUGAUGUUGACUCUUGCCUCUAAAGAGACAUUUGGAGCAAUCUCACCGUGGAA